AUGUCCAUCCCAUUGAAUUCGCUGGUGCAAGUGGUGCACGGCAACGGCGACUUCUCCAGCAAACUCGUCUCCCUCGUCGACCGCGGCCCCGGCACGCUGCUCACCAAAAUCGAAGGCGCCCAGCCCGCCUCCGCUCGGGCCUACACUUCCGUCCAAGUCAGCGAGGACGCCGACAUCGAGCUGCACAGCGAUCUAGUGUACUGCAACCACUCGUGCGACCCGAGCGUCGUCUUCGACAUGGCCAAUUUGGAGAUUCGCGUCGCCUCGGACCGCGAGGUGAAGAAAGGCGACGACUUGACCUUCUUUUAUCCAAGCACGGAAUGGGAUAUGGAUCAGCCUUUUCAGUGCCAGUGUGGCACGAAGCGUUGUCUGGGACUCAUUCGCGGCGCGAGGUAUCUUGACUCCGCUGUUUUGAGCCAGUAUGAGCUUAACCCGCACAUUGAACGCUUGUUGGCGAGGAAGGCCAAGGAGGAGAGUGACCGGGUGGACAGCGCGCACGACAGUACCUGA